UUGGUAAACUUCGCCUUAUUCAAAAAAGUGAGUGCAAUUAAUGUUAUGAUAUUUUUGUUGCAAAGGGGGCUGGCUAUAAAUGCAAUGUUUAUGUACAUUGUCUAGCGAUUACUGAUGUAGCAAAUUAUCGAAUGAUGAACAAUUGAUAUUUAUAAUGGGAUAUUACAACAGGGUACUGCCUAUAUUCAAAAAAGCAGCACAGAUGAUACUGAUUUUUUUUUGCAUUUUUGUGGAGGUGUAUGCAAAUAAACUCUAUAAGCAAACAUAAUUCAUAGUUUAAUGAAUAACAAAAUUAUGCUUUUUAAUUUGAAUCAAUGGCUGUUUAUGCAUCUGUUCAGGCCGUCACAACUAUUCACAUGCUGUCAAUGUGAGGGUAUUUUUUUUAUGUAAAGGUGUUCUAUUCUGUUUCCUGCCACUCUGAGAAGAAAACCAUCCAACCAAUAAGACUCACACUUCUGGUCACCCAUGCAGAACUGUGACAAAUCUAUGCUCAAAACAGACUAUUUUGAUACACAAGAGCAAAUACCAGAGGAAGAGACUUAUAACUGGCUCUCUCUGUACUUGUGGAUUCGGUGUUCUUUGAUAAACACCAUAGUGAAUUUUUGCACCGAUCAUUCAUUUUGGUGUGAACAGACUUUAAAACUACACAAAGAUCUACUUUAAUGUGCAGAGGUCACAGAAACCAAACAUCCAUGCACUGUAGGGGCUUGUUGAGCAGGUGUUUCAUUACUAAUGGUUUAAUCCACGGUGGAGGUAUUGAUCUGUUUCUGAGGUGUUGAUGGCUCUGGUUUUGUGCGCAUGGGGUCACAGAUGCAUGCUUUGAAUAAUUGGAGUGCCAGAUGGUUUAUUCUUUCACCCUGAGGGAGAUCUUAGCCCGGAGCCUGAUAUAAACCCAAUGAUGACAAAACCACAUCCCAGGGGCUAUAAAAUUAUUUGAAUACUGUGUGAACUCAAGGGAAACUGCAGGGGAUGAUCAACACUAUAUGCUAAUGAGUCAACCAUUAAUGGUUAAUGGCAAACUUUGCGACGCUAAGUAAUGGCAGAGCAAACACGCACAUGCGCAAACACGAACACAAAUUACAGACGUGCCCUGCUGUGGAAAUGGCUAAUCCUGGUUUAUGAUUUUAUGGGCUGACCUUGGGUGGGCCAAAUCAAAAUAUUCAUCAUGUGCCAUACUUUCUCUUUCGCUCCCUCCCUUGUCGUGUCACAGCCAGGGAUAUCCUACUGAACUAUUGCACUGCGCCGACUUCUCCUUUCCGGUCAAUUCAUGCAUUUCACAAUUCAUUGGGGAAAAAAACAGGGCAGACUAAUUGCAGGACUGAGAAGACGUCAAACCGUUCAAAGUACUGCGCCUGGAAGUCAAUGUUAUGCACAAAACUGGGUCAGCCUGUCAUGAGUAAGCUGUAGCCAGGAACACACUCAAGCUGAAGGGAGUGAAUGCUUUUCUCAAGCCGUCCAUUUAUCAGAAAUCCCCAACAAAAUGUGAUUGCACCCAACAAACAACCAGAAGGAAUGUUACUGUAUAUUUGAGAAGACCUCCAUUGUCGAGGCUAAGAUGUUGAAGACGGAGGCCUCGGCAGAGAGGAAUACCCUGAGGAGCGCUUCCCCGCACCGGAAUGCCUACAGGACGGAGUUCCAGGCUCUUAAGAAGGCAUUUGACCAACCGAGACAAGAUGGAGACCCCAAACCCAAGGACCAGGAGGGGGUCAGGCAGCCCCGAGGUCGGCAAUAUGGGGCCCAUGUCAGUCGCAUCAAGAACAUGUUCAUGCAAAUGGGGACUGAGAACACUGGGUCCAACAGACGAUCAAGGGAAGAGACCUCCCCACAGAAACUCAACAAGCCAACAAACUUCAUCAACAGGGCAGAUGGGUCAGAGGUCAAGUUCCAGCAAGGGACUGGAGAGCGGACUGCCAGUGGCCCACAUAACACAAAAUUCUCUGAAACAAGGAAACUCUUUGAGCAGAGCUCCAGAGAUGCUUCACAGUCACCCGUGUACUCUUAUGGCCGGGAAAAGAGGGGUUCUCAUGAGCAUUUGGAUGACUGGAGGGGGGCACGUUCGAACAGAGGCAGUACGGACUCUUUGGAUAGUCUUUGCUCCAGAACAGAUGCCUCAUCUCCCACUGUGAGUCAGCUCAGUGCUGUGUUCGAAAAUAUAGACCACCAGGGCUCCGGCGCUACUCUCAGAAAAGGCCACGGAGGCGGAAGAGGGCUGUGCUCCCCAGAUGGCUUACAGAGACAAGGGGAAGCCAGCGAGGACGAUACCAGUGCACGACAGUCUCCAUCACGUGGUUUUUACAGGACACGAGUGGGUAGCAAGCACAAUCUGCCAGUUUCUUCAUCUUCAGAAGAUCUUCUUAGUCCUAGUCCUCUGUCGGAGACUUUGGACCAGGUGAAACCUGAUGAGAAGAAGCCCCAGGAAACCCCCGAGUUGGUUGAUGGAUCCAGAGAGCCCAAACCAAAAGAUGAGGUAAAAUCAACCGAGGCCAUAGACGGUGCUUCAGCAGAGACUCAAGUCAAUGACACUGCAGGAAAUUCACAUGAGUCUACAGUGACCAAGGUCCAUGAGGACACAGACGGUGAUGUGAAAGAGGAGUCUAGCCGGAUUACAGAGGAUCAAACUGAAGAACCAAAUGAGGAAUACAGUGGCAAUGAGAGAGUUAUUUUCAAUGCCGAUGGAGAUGCCUGCUACCAGGGCUGGGGGGAGAGCUGCACCGACCCCGAGGAUGACCUGUAUGAUGAUGAUCUUUCCUAUGACCCAGGAUCAGAGAUUACAGAGAUUCCCGGUCUUCCAGAGGAGGAAAAGGAGGCUGUUCCCCAAAAAAGAAAAAUUAGAUUCAGCUCUGCUCCCAUCAAAGUGUUCAAAACCUACGCCAAUGAAGAUUACGACCGGAGGAAUGAAGAGGUGGACCCAGUGGCAUCCUCAGCUGAGUAUGAGCUGGAGAAACGUGUGGAGAAGCUGGAACUUCUCCCGGUGGAACUGGAAAAAGAUGAGGACGGCCUGGGCAUCAGUAUUAUAGGAAUGGGGGUCGGCGCUGACGCAGGCCUGGAGAAGCUGGGCAUCUUCGUCAAGACUGUCAUAGAGGGUGGAGCAGCAGAGAGAGAUGGAAGAAUUAAAGUGAAUGAUCAAAUCGUGGAGGUUGACGGCACCAGUCUGGUGGGAGUAACUCAGAGCUUCGCUGCUUCUGUCCUGAGAAACACACAGGGAGUGGUUAGGUUUGUGAUUGGCCGAGAGCGUCCGGGACAGCAGAGCGAGGUGGCACAACUCAUCAGUCAGACUCUGGAGCAGGAGAGACGUCAGAGAGAGAUGAUGGAGCAACAGUACGUCCAGUAUGAUGCUGAUGAUGACGAGACAGGGGAGUAUGCCACGGAUGAGGAGGAGGAGGCAGGCCAGACGGGAACAGACAGAGAUGUGGCCAUUGAGGUUUUCGAUUUACCUGAAAAUGAGGACAUCAUCUCGCCAUCAGAACUGGAUGCCACCAAACUUUAUCAGAAGUUUCGAGAGCUGCAGAUUAAACACACUGUCACUGAAGCCGAGAUCCAGAAACUCAAGAACAAGCUGGCUGCAGUGGAAAAAGAGAAAGCAAAGUGGGAGAGAGAGAAGACGCAGCUCAAGCAAAGCAUUGAGGACAAUAAGGAGAGGAUGCUAAAACUGGAGAGCUAUUGGAUCGAGGCUCAGACUCUGUGCCAUACGGUCAAUGAGCAUCUGAAGGAGGCCCAGAGUCAGUAUCAGGCCCUGGAAAAGAAGUACAACAAGGCAAAGAAGCUCAUUAAGGACUUCCAGCAGAGAGAGAUGGAGUUUGCUCAGAGGGAGGAUACAGAGAAGAAGAGGCUGGAGGAGGCGGAAAAAGCUCAUUUGGCUGAAAUCCAGAGUCUUCAAGUUAGGAUUGCUACAUUGGAGUCAGAGCUGAUGCAGCUGAUGAAGCAAAAUGGCAUCCAGGUAAACAACAACAACAACAGCGCUGAGAGCCGAGCCCAGCUGACUGAGAGACUGACAGCCUUACAGUGUCAGAGGAGAAGUGUUGCUGGAGGAGAUCUGUUUUGUGUGCAAGAACUGGACGAGCUGACAGGAACCAGUGGAACUCACCCUGAGAGAAACGAGAGGGGGUCCGGGCCUCAAUCCUCCAGGGUGGCUUGUGCCUCAGAGGCCAGGCUCAAGCACCCGCAGCCUCAGGGACCUGAUAAUGAAGGCUCUUCAGCAAGCCGUGAUGAUAAAUCUGGCAAAAAACUUCUAGACUUGGGAUCUUCUCUGAGGAAGAGUCAAGGGAAAGAGCAGGAUCCAAAAGGAUCUCCUGGUAAAAGCUCCACAGGACCUUCAACAGAGAACAGUCCUGAAAUAUGCAAGAGCAAGAAAUCUUUUUCCUGGCCACGCUUCUUCUCCUAUUCAUAUUAUGUGGAUCCUGGUGUCACUGAUGACCUCAGCCUCAGCAGCACCAGCUCCACAGAGGUCAGUGGCCUCCUGACCGGUGCUAAGAUGUCCAGCCGAUCGCAGACACUAAUGCUCUCCUCAGAUGAGAGUGUGGAUAUGAUUGAAGAUGAGAUUCUAGAUGACGGUCCUCCUCCGAAGCCGUACCAGUGGCAGAACCGCAGCGUGACUGAAUGGACAUGUCAACAGGUGUCGUGCUGGCUCAUGGGUCUGAACCUGGAACAGUAUGUCUCUCUUUUUACUGCCAAGAAUGUGGAUGGAGAGCAGCUGCUCAAGCUGGACAGCACAGCACUCAAGGCUCUGGGUGUAGAGUCCUCUCAGGAUCGGGCUCUGAUUAAGAAAAAGCUGAAGGAUCUGAAGGUGUUGAUAGAAAAAGCUCGGAGAAACAGAGAAAAAAUGGAGAAACAGCGCAAGAAGGAUCUGGAGCAGAAUCAGAAACAGGGCCGGAAGAAUAGCAACUCCUCCGGACCAGCAGAGGGCGCUACUGAAUAACACUAAUCACCUUACUACUAUCUCACCAUUAUAAGUACAGAUGAGUUCAGCAUUUCAUGGGACUGAAAGUUCAUUGCAAAAGGGGCUUAUUGCUAUUGAGCUGCCAUUGGAUGAAUUGAAACCAAAAUUUCUAAAUAUGGAUUUUGUUACUUUUACUGAACAAUAUUCAGGGUUUUUUUUUUCUCGUUUUAGCAGAAUGAUCACUGCUUUUUUUGGUUUCCUGUGUUUUAUGUCCGAUUAAUAUCUAUUUAUUUGCAAAUGGAGAAUAUGUAUAUAUUGAACCAGAGCAUAUCAGCUCAUAACUCAUCGGUUAAAAACUCUGCAUUACAAGCACCUUUAGACAUUGAGACAUUGCACAUAUGCAGAAAGCAUAUAUAUAUAUAUGAAUAUGUCUAACGUGCCAUAGUUUGUUAAAAAAAAUGUAGAAAGUUUUAAUACGACGGCUUUGAAAAAGCACAGGUCUGAGAGAUGGUCUGAGAGAUCUCUUCACCUCAAAGAGUUUGAGUGCUGCUCACAAGAACCACUACAGUCGGAUUCACUGGCAAACACAAACCUUACUGUGAGAAGAAAGCCAUUCUGGGUAAUGAGAUAUCACGGACCCUCAUUGUGGAUAUUUCACUGUAUACUUCGAACCUCCUGUUUGGAUCUCCUUCAUCGACCUGCCAGAAUUCAAGAUCAAUACAUCUGAUGUGUAUGUUCUUCUCCGAGCUUGAAUCCUCCUAAUGGUCUUUGGAAGAAAAAUGGUAGCAAGGGGAUACUCAACAAUUUUUCAGGAGUCUGCCAUUUUAAACUCUUCUCUAAAGAUGCAAGACUUGUACUCUAAAAGAAAAAAAGACCCACUGCUGCUUCUAUUUCACAGCUACCUGCUUCCAGCCCUCUCCAUCGCCCUGAGCUAGAUUCUCAGUUAGACCCAAGUGCUGCCUUUUGAAGUGCUGUUUAGAUUUGUACUUUAUUUUCACGGUUUGAGGUUACAGUCUGGAUCACACCGAUUGUGUGAAUGCACCUCUGUUUUACCGCCAUCCAAAUGUUGUAGAGCAGAUGACAAAUGUGCACUUAAAACGGACCUAUCUACAGUACACUACCAGUCAAAAGUUUGGGGACAGUAGGAUUUUUAAAGAAAUGAAUGUGUUUAGUCAGCAAGAAUGCAUUACAUUGAUUUCUGUUUCAAAUACAUGCUGUGCUUAGGAACUUUUAUUCAUCAAAGAGCUCAAAAUGUAAAACAUUUUCCAACAAAUCUCAACUGCACAACUGUUUUCAGUAUUAAUACUAUUAGUUGUUUGUUGACCAGCAAAUCAG